GCGGCGGCGGCAGCAUGGCAGCCUCCUGCGGGGCCGGCAGGCCGGCGGAGGGGCGGGGAGAUACAGAGUGUAUUUUGGAGCCUCUGUCUCUGCCAGAAAGUCCAGGUGGUGGUGCUGCUGUAGAAAGUUCUCCUGAUGUACCCUGUAUUUUCUGCAAAGAAUGCUAUCUCUUAGCAGAGCAAAACCAGCUCCUGAAGCACAUGAUUAUUGAGCACAAGCUCGUCAUAGCAGACGUGAGACUAGUUGCAGAUUUUAGAAGAUACAUCUUGUACUGGAAGAAGAGGUUUGCAGAGCAGCCCAUCACAGACUUUUGUAGUGUGAUAAGAACAAAUUCGGAAGCUCCGCUAGAAGAACAGGACAAUUAUUUUCUUCUAUGUGAUGUUUUACCAGAAGACAGACUACUUAGAGAACAGCUUCAGCAAAAAAGACUGAGAGAAAUUCUAGAACAGCAACAGCGAGAGAGAUACGACACAAGUUUUCGUAGUAUGUGUAUGUUCUGUGAUCAAGAAUUUACAGGAAACAGGUCUGUCCUUCUCAAUCAUAUGGCAAGAGAGCAUGCUUUCAACAUUGGGCUGCCAGAUAACAUUGUGAAUUGCUAUGAGUUUUUGGCUGUAUUACAGGAGAAGCUUGACAAUUUGCAGUGUUUAUACUGUGAAAAAGUCUUCAGAGACAAAAACACACUUAAAGAUCACAUGAGAAAGAAGCAGCAUCGCAGAAUCAAUGCCAAGAACAAAGAAUAUGACAAAUUUUAUAUCAUUAAUUACUUGGAAUUUGGAAAGUCCUGGGAGGAAGUGCAGUCAGAGGAUGACCGGGAAUUGCUAUGUAACCUAGAAGAAGACUGGUCUGACUGGGAGGAGCAUCCUGUGUGUGCAGUUUGCCUGUUCUGUGAACAACAAGCAGACACCACAGAAAAAUUGUAUCUUCACAUGCAGAAAUCACAUGGAUUUGACUUUCCUAAAAUAAAGUCAGAGCAUGGUCUGAACUUUUAUCAGCAAGUAAAGCUAGUGAACUUCAUCAGAAGAGAAAUCCAUCAUUGUCGUUGUUACAAUUGCCAGGAGAAAUUUCAGUCUAAAGGAGAACUGAUAAGUCAUAUGGAAGAGACCAAAGACAUUACAUUCUUGCCCCCGAGGUCUACGUGGGAUCAACCACAGUAUUAUUUUCCUACCUAUGAAAAUGAUACACUCCUAUGCGCACUGUCAGACAGUGAAGAUCUGAUAACUGAGGAUCAAAGUGAAGACAUCCCUGUUGUAAGUGAAGAUAUAUCCAACCUAAAAGCUCUCAAACAGAGCAGUGUUUUAAACCAGCUCCUCUAUGAAGAGAACAAGAGUCAGGAGAAAUUUUGACUUUGAAUCACAGUUGCUGACCUUUGAGUGUUUCUUCUGCAAGACAAAAAAGGCCACUUACAUUUCUUUCACUGAUAUUGGAAUACAGUUUAAGUCAUAAAUGUUAUUGCUGGGGAAAUAUUACAUGAAUGGGAAUACUAAAUAAAAUGUAAGUGUAAAAUGUUUUGGUUUAUCUUCCUUUAAAUUCUAGGUUUAUUUUAAAAUUAAAUGCUGGAUUUUCUGCUUGACUCUCCAAAAAUUUUAGUAUUAUUUACAAAUAGGAUUUUUCAUCUAUUUUUUAUUUUUCUGAAUACAUAAGAAUCAAAGUUCUAUUUUAAGGCCACCUUGUGAAAGGCACGAACAAUUGAGACAAUGUGUCUUGAUAUAUGAGCCAAUGAGUGAGUCUUCUAUGUGUUAUUGCAUAUAUGUGUUAGCAUAUGGAAAAGAGCCUGCAUAUAAUUCUUGGUCUGUUAUGUAAAGCAAAUUUUGCUAUUCUUAAACUUAGACCUUUUUCAAAAUGAAAACAGAUCUGUAUAUCUCUAUUAUUCAUCGUCAGUAUCUAAGAUAUAUUGUGCCUGUUCUGAAAACUGGCUCAGAAACACUGGUAAAGACCAUGGAUAUCUGACUGCAUGGAAAGAUGCCAAUCCAAAGCCUAAAAAAGCAUAGGAACAAUUGCAAUCUUGGUUGUAUCAAAGAUCCAAAGAAUUUAAAGUAGAUUUCUUGUAUGGUCAUGAACUGAGGUGCAAAAGAAAUUACUUAGGGGAACGCAGACACACAAAUCCAAAUUAAAUCCUCAAAAUCUCAACUCAACUGUCGAUUAAAGUUACACUAUUUCCUUUAAUAUUGAACUACAAAGUUCCCAAAGUAACAGAAGGUCUUCAGAAUGUCCAGAAAUCACUUUGGUCUUCAUAAGGCAAAGCAACUCACAGCAUAGGUCCUGCUACCAUACUAGGUAUUCCUGCCUCUCUUUCUCCUCUGAAAUUUUAGGUAGUUCCAGAGUCCAGGUUUUGCAUUGCAUAAUACAUAUAACCACUUUCAAAACUGGCAGCUCGUUCUUUUUUCUUCUUUAGGUUGGUGUUGGAGCACUUUUUCAAAGUAUGGGAGUCUCAGCUCAGUGCCCUUCCCUGCCUGGGAAGAUUCAAAGCCAUAGCUUUGCUUUUGCACAUCCCUCAUUGCCUUAAAUAGGUUGCUGUCAACAAGAGUUGUUAUUUGUCAUUAUAGGGUGAUUGAGAAUUAUAUACCAGUACCUGGGAGCAGGAGCUAAAGUUCAAAUCUUUACCUGUGUUCUGCUAAGCUUCCAUAUCCAGCCUAAUUCAUCCUGCAGUUCUUUUAAUUUGCAUUGAACUUGCUUUCUUCUGGCAUUACCCGUCACCCUGUAGCACCUCUCUUUACUUCCCCUUUCUUAUUUUCUCUUGGGCCCAGGUGCUCUGGAGAUAAGUUAGAACAACAGCAUGCUGAAAAUGUACUGAGGAAGACAGAUCAGCCACUUAACUGCACCAUGAAACAGAGGCAGAAGCAAUAUCUGACUCUGCCAAGAGGAAAUGGGAUAGAAGUAGUUCAGCGGGUGUUGAGAAUACAGACAAAAGGUGUAGUCAUAUGUCUGCAUUGGCUUUGAUUAAACAGGCAAAAAAUGUAGGAGGAGCAACCUCAGUAUUUUUUAACUAGAAUAUCUGACCAUCUUAAAUAAGCUAUAGUUGGUACUUCUUGCAUUUGUAAAUUUCUUAAUUUCAUGCAGUAAUCAUAAUGGCUGUUGCUGUUGAUUUUUUUUUCCCCUCUGAAGUAAUUGUCUUCCUAAGCAGUUAUUUUCUUUCUAAAUGAGAAAUUGAUUCCAGUCUUAGGUUUUCAGUCAGAUUCUUAGCUGAGGUGAGACGAAGAGCUGAUGGGGUUUACAUUAAAGAUAAGUGUGUUGAGCAAUGGAAAAAAUCAGCAAGAGAACUAUGGCUAAAUCAGCAGCACAUGAAUGUGUUUUAUGGCAAGCCCCUCUCAGAAGGGCCCAUUAAGGGAAAGAUAAAAUUUUAUUGAUAUAUCAUAAAGUCAAAUUGCAAAACAUUUCCUAAUCAUGAGGAAUGUUGAUGCUGAGUCACUCAGAUCCCUACAAAAUGAAAUCAAGACGUUAAUAUCAGCAAUAUGGAAUGACUGCUGUUCCUGGUUCCAACAGAAAUUUGAAAUAGCAAUUUAUCAGUCUAGAAUUAAGAGAAUAUCUUGAGGGAAAUUCUAUAAAUAACAUGGAUUGAUUGUCUUUUUCAAACAAAGAGGAAAAGGUAUUUAGGAAAAAUCUAUCAGCAGUGUGCAGUUGUUCACUGAAAAUACAAGGAACAUGAGAAGUCAGUUUAGGGUUCAUCUUGUUGCUUCAAAUAUGAACAGCAAGCAACAAAGUAGGUUUAAAGUAUCUGUAAGUUGACAGAGAGAGUUGGGGUACAGUUUAUAGAGUAAAAAUCAAACAUUUUGUUUAGCAGAAUGAUGCUUUUAAUUGACGUUUUAUUGGAGCAUACUGUAUUUGUUUGUAUAAUGGCCACAAUUUUCCCUAGGCAUUCUUGUCCUUUAUCUAAAGCAAAGCCAGCAUCAGUGUCUUUUUUAAAACUGAAGUUAUCUUUUUGUCCUAAGUAGGGGACACAGUUAUGACUGCAUACAGUGUAUAGGCUCAGCUAUUAUAUGAGCAAAUAUGUUCUUCUAACAAAAGAGCAUUUUUGGAAGCAUUACAACAAAAAAACAGUGUUGCCAUAAGUCACGGAAUGGACAGAGUUAGUGCGUGGUAAAUGCUUUUGAGAGAGUCAGAUCAGGAGAAUGAGUGGGGCUAAUUAGAAUAAAAACAGCUAAACUAGUUUAAGUCCAAUACACAUUUCUUACCAUAAUAUUUCCUCUUAGCAUAGAUCUUGAUUCCUUUUAUGCACUCACUUCAUUUUAUCUGAAGUUGUGCCCUUGUUUAGAAGGAUCUGGGUAAAAGGAGGAAAAGGUUUGUGUCCUGAUGACCAGUAAUUCCUGCUGUCCUUUUUACAAAUACCUUCAUUAUGUCUUUGACACUCCUCCACACACCAUUUAUUCUGACAAUUCUGUGCAGACUUAAUCUGACUUAACGAGUUAAUGGUCGUUGACUUUCAUUUAAGAUGCUUGCUGUUUUCUGUUUCUGUAUUACAUUUGUCUGGCAUGCUGUGAGAGAGCUGUCAGCGGUUGCUCUCAGCUGGCUAAAUGGCAACCGAUGGGCAAAACACCAAAGUAAGUCUCUGGAAAGUCUGUCUGCUCUUGUCAUCAUUCAGUGCCUUCACUGCUUCUGAAUUCUGGUUAGAUCUCUACUAUUGAGUGGGAUGUCUGGUACCAUAUCUCGCUCUUUCUCCCAUUUUACAGAGGAGCUGACCUAAAUCUGACACGAGAAACUGAAGUGUGAAAUACAGUCACUUUCUUCACUCCAAGGUUACCAGUCUCAAUGCUCAAAUUCAAGUCCAGAGCAGACACUGGACAUAGGUCUUGGCAACAUCUACCAUCCACUGUCAUCGAGCAGUAGCAAAUUUCACAGCUUUGCUUAUGACUUGGUGCUGUAUUAAAUGAUCUUGCAUUAUUUGCAUUUUACUUAGAUGUAUACAAAGGCAAAGGAGAAUCAGAGGUCCCUGGAGAAAAGCUUUUGCAAGGCAAAAUGAAAAGUGCUUUGUUUUCCCCAGGAGCUUUUGUUAAGUCAUGAUGCUUUCUGGGCUUUAGUUACAAUAGUGUGAGUGAAGUGUCUAUGAUCAAAUUGUGCCCUCAUCUAUCUCUGCCAGGUACAUUAAACUUGGUUAGAUAACAACUGUCACAUGGAACAGGUAUUUUGUAACCCUGGAAUGAAUUACUGCUUCCAUGUAAUAGUCAUUAGAAUCAGCUGCUGUAGAAAUACUACAGGGAACAGUGGCUGCAUGAAGAACCUAGUUCAUGCAAAAUUCAUUCCUUGUCUUCAUGGGCACUGAAUAUGCUGUUGUCCCCAGUGUUUGGGGUUUUUUUUCUUCUUAGAAGUUUUCUGCUACUAAUUCACACUUAAUUUGACUUCUUCCACCACUGAAAUUUUUUAUUUACUUCUUGAGUUCGAUUUUACAGCUUUUCCCAGACUCUGGCUUAUGAAGAUACAGAUAUGGUAGCUAUUUUAGAAAUUACCAUGUAGCCCCUUAGUUGAACUCACAUUUGGUAUGUUACAUCCCUGAUAAAUUCAUUCUCUCCAUAGGAAGAGCAGGGUAAUUUGGGAUUUUUACAACCAAAAAUACAUCAGUCGUCUUUGCAUAGAUUUAGAUAGAAAUAAAAGCAUUUUCCUGCCACAAAUGUUCCUUGGAACGCAGUUCUUUCCAUCUGGUUUACCAUCCUGAGACUGAGAAGCUGCCUCCGUGUAGAUUACAUAUGAGCCUAAUGUCUAAUCUUCCAUUAUAAUCAAUAAAAGUAGUCUAUGGAUCCUAGAGUCAUUCAGCUCACCCUAAAUUAAACACCUAAAACUUUAUUCAGGUCCUUUCCCGUAGACAUCUAGUGUCAUCUGAGAUGCUUGAAAAUGCUGUGGUCUCUAGCUGCUGCUCUGAAGGAUCUUGAUCUUUCAGAGAUCUUGUGUCAGUUCUGUCAACAGUGUAUGAGCAUUUUCGACACCAUGGAACAUCUCGGAUGGCAUUGAGGGAUAUCUAAGUCAAAGCAGCUACAUCCAGCACUUUCGGCUGGUAGCUAAAUAUCUCUUUUAGGCUGCAAUAACUAUAAUGGAAACUUAGGCACCUCGGUCACAUCUGGUCCCCUACAUCUGGGCUCCUAAAUUUUGUUAUGCUAAUUUAAAGCUGAAUUCUACCCUACUAUUAUGGAAUUCGUUUAAUCUAAAGGUAGAUAUCUACAUGGAUCAAGUUAUGUGCCUUCUUAUGUGCCUUAUUUUCUAUUUCUAUGCUCUUUGGAAAUAUCAGAACAAUAUAGGAAUAAAUAAUGCAGGAAUUACUGAUUGCCCAUUAGAGAGUCUUUGUAAACUGCUGCCACAGCUUUGCAGAGCUGAGCAAUGCUUUAACCUUUAGCUGGUUUUAGCUUUAAACUUCCAGUUGUAUUGUGGUUGGUUUGUUACUUUCUGAUGCAUAUCUGUCUUCACACCAUUUACAGAAAUAUCGCUGUGAAUCUUCACAAAUAUUUGACCUAUUGUAAUAAACUGCCUGAUAUUUUUGUUUGAAUCUAGUUGAAAUAAAGAGCAAAUAAGCAAGGA